AUGACAUCAAGACUGCAUUUUCCUGUGACAAUUGUUAAAAUGCUUCAAAAACUCUACCCUGACAAGCAGAUAGGUGUACUAUAUGAUAUUGGGUGCCACUUAGGCGCACAUAUAGUAACACGGUUAAUGAAGGAUGUGGAAAUUGGCUUCAAAAAAUACCAAAAUGUAGUAAAAGUUUUGAGUGAAGCUCAAACUGCUCUAACCAACCUUUAUGGAAUGCCCAACCCAGCUGCACCAGGCCACAACUCUUCAGCCAAGCUCUUCCGUGGGCAAUGGGCUUUUGAGACAACAUUAACAGUAAGUCAAGAAAUCAACACUGGUUCAAUAGAAAGCUCAAUACAUUUGCUGAAUCUAGGUCAUAAGGGUCAGACCAACCUACUCUUGGCGCUUCGGAGGCACGCAGUCCAGCUUAAGAAAGUGGUUGAGACAUAUUGCACUCAACGGGCUCAAUAUCAUGCCGAUUAUCCAGAUGACCCGCUCCCUGAAGAUGUAGAAUACACCAAACUAUUUCGUAUUGAACCCAAUCACCAAUUCUGGCAUGAUUCACUCUUCACUAAAUUUGAAGCACCUUGGGCAGUGGAUCCAAAGACGAGGCUAGGAAUGCAACAGAUAGUGUAUGCUGAUCGAGCAAAAGAAGAGAUUAGGCGUCUUGGCUGGGAGGCUUGCCAAGCUAUGCGUUGGGCAACAGCUCCCCACCAUCACAACAUCACCACUCUCCGUGCUCUAGAGUCUGCUAACAACAAUCUGUCACUUCCUAUCCUUUAUCACCCAACUCUUGCACAUCUACCACCACAGUCUCGUCAAUGUGCAGCCACUGUUGUCAUCAAGAACAAGUUUCUCAAAAUUACCAACCCUCAGCUCUUAUGGCACGAAGGGCUACUCAAUGUCUUUUCUUGA